CGUAAGAGGAGCCGUGGGAGGCCGCGUCCCGCCGGGCAGGGGUGUCUGAGGCGGGUUGACCCCCAACCGGCGGGAUUGGGGUCCCCGUGCCCCCCGCCUCCUCUCCGCGGACAGAGCUCCCUCAGCGUCACCCCAUCGGCCCUCCCGCCUCGGGGCCGGCGCCGCUCAGCCCCGCAGCCCAGGCCGCAGCGCCCAGAGCAGAUAUGGACUUUGAGGACGUGGCCAUCACCUUCUCCCAGGAGGAGUGGGGGCUCCUUGUUGAGGCUCAGAGACUUCUGUACUGCGAGGUGAUGCUGGAAGUGUUUGCACUUGUCUCAUCUGUAGGUUGUUGGCAUAAAACGGAUGAUGCGGAGGCCUGUUCUGAGCAGAGUGUAUCUGUACAAGGGGAGUCACAGGUCAGUGCUUCUAAGAAAGCUCCAGCAACCCAGAGGACCCAUCUCUGUGGGAGGUGUUUCUCUGUGUUCAAAGGUAUUCUGCACCUGACUGAGUCACAAGCAGCAGACUUUGAGCAGAAAGCCUUUUUCAGUGAUGUAUGUGUGAGAGACUUUUGUUUCAGUGCAAACCCUCAUCAGGAGCAGAGGGAAGCCAGUGGAGAGAAGCCCUGGAAAGAAGCUGUGGACCUGGCCUCAUUUGUGACCAACUUCAGCUUCUCCUUAUCAGGGCUGCCUUCAACCAGUAGGGAGGUUGGGGAACACUUCCCAGCCAUCUCAGAGCUUCUCCAGCACCAGGCCCCUCUCACCACUGAGGAGCCACACAGUCAUAGUGAGAUUUCAGAGGAAUUUCUCAAUAGAAAAAGACUUCACCAAUGGGAUGAAUGUGAAAAAGCUGCCAGCCACAAUCAGAACCUUGUUCAACAUCAGGGCGUCUCAUCUGGAGAAGGGAAGUAUCAGUGCAAUACAUGUGGGAAAGUUUUUUCACGUAUCUUUAACCUCAAUAGACAUAGGAGAGUUCACACUGGCGAAAAGCCCUAUGAGUGUACUGAUUGUGGGAAGUUCUUCAGGCAAAGCUCUAACCUCACUCAGCACAAGAGAGUUCACACUGGUGAAAAGCCCUAUGUCUGUGGUGAUUGUGGGAAGUCAUUCAGUCAAAAGUGUAGCCUCAACAGUCACCAGAGAGUUCACACUGGUGCAAAACCGUAUGUGUGUGGUGAAUGUGGGAAAUCAUUCAGUCAAAAGUGUAGCCUCAACAGUCACGAGAGAGUGCACAUUGGUGCAAAGCUGUAUGAGUGUAGUGAAUGUGGGAAAUCAUUUGGGUCCAGUUACCAUCUCCUCAACCAUAAGAGAAUUCACACUGGAGAAAAGCCAUACGUGUGUUGUGAUUGUGGGAAGUCAUUCGGGCCAAUGUGUUCCCUCAAGGGUCACCAGAGAAUUCACACUGGAGAAAAUCUUUAUCAGUGUAGUGAUUGUGGGAAGUCAUUCAGGAAAAGCUGUACACUCAUUCACCACCACAGAGUUCACACUGGAGAUAAGCCUUCUGAGUGUAGUGAUAUUGGGAAGUCAUACAGGCAAACCUCUGCUCUUACACAUUCUCAGAGAGCUCCCACUGGUAAAAAGCAGUAUGAGUGUAGUGAAUGUGGGAAAUCAUUUGGGUCCAGUCAUCAUCUCCUUAACCAUAAGAGAAUUCACACUGGAGAAAAGCUGUAUCAGUGUAGUGAUUGUGGGAAGUCAUUCAGGGAAAGCUGUAACCUCACCCGACACCGCAGAGUUCACUUUGAAGACAAACCUUAUGAGCGUAGUGAUACUGGGAAGUCAUACAGGCAAACCUCUGCUCUCACACAUCAUCAGAGGGUUCACACUGGAAUAAAGCCAUAUGAGGGUAGUGAUGGUGGGAACUCCUUCAGCCAAAGCUCUAUGCUCAUGGGCCAAAAUACAACCCUGUUAUUAGACACCUGUGUGUUUGUCUUCCAGCCCUGCCUUUUAUUGACUCUACCACCAGGCAAUUUACAUUGA